AUGACCGAAAAAACGCUGUUAAACGAGGAGUUGGGAAGCUCAGAAGCCCUUGAUGGUGACAAAUUGAAUUCAACCCUCAAAGAGCUCGCUCACGACCUUUCGCUGCAAUCGAGUGAUCUUGAUGCUAUAACGCAUAAAAUAUUAGCGAGUCUCCCGCCUAGCGUGCGACGUUCAGAACUUGUUCAGUUCACAGGGGAGGUUUUGGUGGCCAUGACCACUACUCAUCCCGAUUUUGCAAACCUCGCUGCACGGUGGGAGGUGUUCAAUUUGCACAAACGAAUGGGAAAUGUCACUUUUACGGAGAAUUUGAGGACUAUCAAGGAAUUCAGGGCGGUAAAGAUUGGCCCACCAGCUGCCAAGAGGCAUAAGAGCAGUAAAUCCCCUGUUGUGAAGAAAAUGAUACCUGAUGACUUUUACAACAUGGCGUUGAAGUACCAAGAUGUGUUAGACGACGCUAUUGUGCCCGAGAGGGAUUUUGAUUUCUCAUAUUUUGGCUGGAAAACGUUGUCCAAGUCGUAUUUGAUCAAGCUUAACAGCGAGGAAAUCCAUGAGACGCCGCAGUUCCUGUUUAUGAGAGUGGCCCUGGCCGUAUGUGGUCCUCAGGGAGACCUCAAGGGGGUUCUGGAAACAUACGAUUUGAUGUCACGCAAGUACUUCAUCCAUGCGUCGCCGACCCUUUUCAAUGCUGGAACAAUUAAUCAGUACCUGUCUUCCUGUUUUCUCGUUGGCAUGAUAGAAGAUUCCAUUGAUGGAAUCUACCGCACGCUUCACAAGACUGCAAUGAUCUCGAAAGCCGCGGGUGGGGUAGGUAUCCAUGUCUCUAACAUUAGAGGCACAGGUGCUUACAUUUCUGGCUCCAAUGGGACGUCCAACGGACUUGUUCCAAUGUUGCGAGUAUUCAAUAAUACUGCGAGAUACGUAGAUCAAGGUGGCAACAAACGACCGGGUGCUUUUUGUGUCUAUCUAGAGCCCUGGCACUCUGAUGUUUUUGAGUUUUUGCAACUCCGCAAAAAUCAGGGAAAGGAAGAGCUGAGGGCUCGCGAUCUCUUCAUCGCGCUAUGGAUCCCUGAUCUUUUCAUGGAACGUGUUCAAAAGAAUGGAAGCUGGUCUUUAUUUUCGCCCGACGAAGCUCCUGGUUUACAAGACUGUUAUGGUGUAGAAUUCAAAAAGCUGUAUGAAAGUUAUGAAGCCACACGGAUCCCCACAAGAGUUGUGCAGGCGCAAAAACUAUGGAGCGAAAUCCUACAAAGUCAGGUUGAGACGGGUGGGCCCUUCAUGCUGUACAAGGACUCUUGUAAUGAGAAAUCUAACCAAAAAAAUCUCGGCACCAUCAAGUCAUCGAAUUUGUGCUGUGAAAUUGUCCAGUUUAGCUCGCCCAAAGAGACGGCUGUGUGCAAUUUGGCUUCUGUCGCACUCCCUUCUUUCGUGAAACGAAGAGGCUCGGCUGUGACCUUUGAUUUCGAAAAGUUGCAUGAGGUGGUUAAGGUGAUCACCAAAAAUCUCGAUGCAGUCAUUGACGUUUGUGAUUAUCCAGUGCAAGACGCAGAAUAUAGCAACAAGAAAAAUCGACCACUCGCUAUAGGUGUACAAGGACUCGCGGAUGUCUUUUUCAUUAUGCGCGUGCCGUACCAUUCUCAAAAUGCUCGUCUCUUGAAUCGCCAAAUUUUUGAGACAAUGUAUCAUGCGGCUAUUGAAAUGUCCAUUGAGCUCUCCAAAAAGCAUGGUAAAUAUCAGAGCUUUGAGAAUUCACCCAUAUCGCAGGGCCGAUUCCAGUUCGAUUUGUGGGGUUUGGAUGACAAAAGCUACGACUUCUUGUAUACUGAUUGGGAUCGAUUAAGGGAACAAGUUCAGACGCUUGGUGUAAGAAACUCUUUGUUGGUAGGGCCAAUGCCUACUGCGUCCACAUCUCAAAUUUUGGGGUUUGUGGAGUGCUUUGAGCCCUUAACGUCCAACAUAUACAAUAGAAGGGUUCUGAGCGGCGAGUUCACUGUUGUCAACAAAUAUAUGAUUGAAGAUUUCUGUCGUCUGGGUGUUUGGGAUGAGAAGCUGAAGAACCGCAUCAUUGCGAAUGAGGGCUCCAUUCAAAACAUAGAGGGUGUUCCACAGGAAAUGAAAGAUCUCUAUAGGACCGUUUGGGAGCUGCCACAGCGCGCGCUGAUAGAUUUGGCAGCAGACCGCGGUCCGUUCGUAGAUCAGUCACAGAGUUUGAAUCUGUACUUGAAGGAACCCACGAUGGGCAAACUCACAAGCAUGCAUUUUUACGCGUGGAAAAAGGGUCUCAAAACCGGCAUGUAUUACCUCCGAACGCAAGCUGCGUCCAGUGCUAUCAAAUUCUCCAUUAAUGACGAAAACACUCUGAAAGGGGCCGUUGAGAUCCCCGAGGAUAGAAAAAUUCAAGAGGUGACUAUCAAAGGUCAUUACUCAGAAGUUUGUGAUCCCAGGAUCGAGUUUAGAAGCCCGGAUCCCGAGCUUUUGGACGGAAUGAAGGACUCGAAGGACAGCAGAGAGAGCUUUACGGGUCGAAGCGACAAGUUUGGAAUUCAUGACUCCACACCCAUCACCUGUUCCAUUGGUAAGCCAGCUGACAAUUGUGAGAGUUGUUCUGGGUGA